AUUUUAAAAUUAAUCAUAUGUAUAAUUAUGUUAAUUAUUUUGGAGAUUUGUGUUAGAAAAGUAUGAUGGGGAACUAUUUAACAUAACGCCAGAACACAAAGUUUCCUUGACGAGCGUGUUUGCUAGGCGGACCGCCAGCUGUCAAACAUAAAACUCUUCCGCUUAUCAGUACUGGGACAGAUUUCACGCAGUUUCCCUCUGAAUUGAGACCGUGCAGUGAUUUUUAACACACGUAUCGAGUCGUUAUGCGUUAUACACGCUGUUAUAACAGCUAGCUUCGGGUUGCGUUCACUUUUGCGUCGGAUUUCGUCGUCAAACAUGGAGAAAUUUGAAGGCUACAUCUUCACUGCUCUCUGCAGCACCAACUUCUUGAUAUCCUGCCUGCUGUUCUCCAGAGUCACUCGGGAGCAAAGGGAGCCGUACAUGGACGAGAUAUUUCAUAUCCCUCAAGCUCAGAAAUAUUGCCAUGGAAAAUUCAAUGAGUGGGACCCAAUGAUCACCACCCUCCCAGGCCUUUACCUCGUCACCGUGGGCGUCAUCAAGCCUGUGGUGUGGCUCGCCGACCUGACAGGUGCGGUGGUAUGUUCCACGGCCAUGCUACGCUUCAUCAACCUGCUCUUCAACUGCGGCAACCUUUACCUGCUCUAUCUGCUCAUCUGUAAACUGCACCUCAGGGAGAAGACACGAACAACCUCACGGCGAGUCCUGUCAGCGCUGUCUCUCUCCACCUUCCCCGUGCUCUACUUCUUCAACUUCCUCUACUACACCGACGCUGGAUCUACUUUCUUCAUCCUCUUUACCUACCUCAUGACGCUGUACGGCUGCCACAAAGCCUCGGCGCUCCUGGGCAUCUGUUCCAUUCUCUUCCGCCAGACCAACAUCAUCUGGGUGGCGUUCUGCGCAGGCACCCUGGUGGCCGCCAAGAUGGAUGAGGCCUGGAGGGUGGAGCAUACGAAAAAGAGGGAUGAGAAGUCUCCUCCCUCCCAGGUUCCUUUGUCAUUUAGCGGAGCAAAGAAAGUGAUGCUUUUCUCACUGGAGUUCCUCACCUCUCCCAGUCAUGUGAAGGCGGUGCUGCUGGUGGCCUGGCCUUACGCAGCAGUCGGCGUGGGUUUCGUUUUGUUCGUGGUGCUGAAUGAUGGGAUCGUGGUGGGUGACAGGACGAGCCACGAAGCCUGCCUCAACUUUCCUCAACUCUUUUAUUUCUUCUCCUUCUCUCUCUUCUUUUCCCUUCCCGUCUCGCUUUGUUACCACCGCGUCCUUCGCUUCCUGCAGGCUCUGAAGAAACAGCCUUUUUUCUUCAUCCUCAUCACCGGUCUCUGCUUCCUCCUGGUGUGGAAGUUCACCUUCGUCCACAAGUACCUCCUGGCAGAUAACCGCCACUUCCCCUUCUACGUGUGGAAAAGGAUUUUCCAGAGGCACGAGCUGGUGCGCUUCCUCCUCGUCCCCGCGUACGUGUUCGCAGGGUGGAACUUUCUGGACUCCUUCAAGUCGCGCUCGCUCUUCUGGAGCUUAGCGUUCCUGGCGUGCCUCCUGGCCGCCACGGUCCCCCAGAAGCUCCUGGAGUUCAGGUACUUCAUCGUUCCGUACCUGAUGUACCGUCUCCACAUGCCCCUGCCAUCUCUUCCCAGACUCAUUCUGGAGUUCCUCCUGUACACGGCGGUCAAUGCCGCCACAAUUUACAUCUUCAUCACCAAGACCUUCCACUGGCCGGACAGCACGGCCACACAGAGGUUCAUGUGGUGAACCAAAGAGAUGGAGGAAGAACUGGUUCUGGUAUCAGAAUGACUCAAACAGGGUGCUGGUAUCAAAGAAUUCCCACAGUACUACUUUAUAGAAAGCUCUUUCUCUGUAAGAGCCAUUUUGUAACCAGACUGUGUUCAGGAUAAUGUCAGAUAGUAAUGACAGAUGGGGGUGAAAAUCAAAAACCCUGGAACCCUGAAUCUGUUCACAACUACAUGAAAAUUACAACAACAAAGGGUAUUCAUUUUUUUAUUUAAAAAAAAAAAAAAUUCAAUUUUUGAUUAAGACAGUAUGUAUUGUAAAAUCAUUGGUACCGGUCUGAAUUAUAAUGUUUUGAUAUGAACUUCCUGUAUAUAAAAGUUGUUUCUACUUUAUGUAAAUAAUUUGUGAUUGAAAUCCUCUACAAGUUGAAAUAAAUGAUGAUGUAAUUUUGAGAUUUUCUGUAGGAGUCUGGGAAUUGACAGGAUGGGUUAUGAUGCAACGUUUUCUUAUGACAAACUGUUUUGUACUAUAAAUGUAAAUAUGCUGCUCUAUAAUUCACCCUUUGGAGAAAUAACUGUUGACAUGAGCUGUAAAUACAAUUAAAGAGACCAAAUAUGAUGCAGCCAUAUUGUAAAACAUCUUUUCAACAGUUUUUAUUGUAUGGGAUGUAUUUUGUAGUGACAGACUUUUGCUUUUUGCCAGUUUCACCUGAUCCACAGACAACUUUAUAAGUGAAGAUAUGAUAAAAAAAAAAUCUUGACCAAGCCAUAAUUUAUUUUAUUGUUUUGUACUUUGUGGUUUAAUUGUGAUUGAUAAUGUCAGCUAUUUUUUGUUGUGCCUGAUUUGUGUGUGUGUGUGUGUGUGUGAAGGAUGAACUGCUUUUUCUAUGUAAAUACACAAGAUCUACUAUAAAUAUGAAGUUGAUUUCAAACCGAACAUGACCUGAUUGUUCUCAGGAUUGGGCUGGGAUUCAAACAUGUGAUUUGAUUGUGCAGUUUAUCAUUAUAUCAGUUUAUCACAGUUUUGUCAUAUUUGGUCCUCUGGUUUUGUUCAGGUCAGGUUUGAGACUUUUCAGGUUCGAAUGAGGCCACGAAAUCCAUGUGACUGAUAAACAGUGUAAAUGGUAAUUUCAGAUUUUCUUCCAUCACAAAGCCCCUUUCCUCUUUUCUAUCUGAGUCUGUUACUUGUGUCUGUGUUUAUUCAUCUGUCUAGUACUUCUGUUCCACACUAACUGUAUAUACUGUCCAUUUAGCUGUAUGCUGCUCUCAUGUUGAUGCAAUCUUGUGUAGAAUUUCGAUUAAAAUGAUUAAUGCAG